CGCCAGCCCAGCCCACUCUCGAUUUAAGUUUGGUUGCUUGCUUCCUAUUGGGUACUAGUUUCUCGCGAUAUUUGGCGACCAAUCAUGAGGCAGGAGCUGUGAGUCAAAUCAAAUCGGGUUUCCUCAAAAAGGACAACCGGCAACCGCUGAGGUUUAACAGGGUGUUCGAGAGGCUGAAGGUGGUGGUGUUUAUCUCUGAACAACUCAAGACUACAAAAGCUAACACUAUGGAGAGUGCUGCGAUUUCAAGAAGACAGCACACCAACAAGAGGGGAAACAAAGAAAACACUUUGCCUGCACACGGACCUAAGUCACUCAUCCAACGAGAUCAGACCUCUGCUGUCCCAUUCCAACUGCAAGGGAACAAAAAAGAGAUUACAACCAAACCGCAGUCUCUUCCAGCAAAGCCUAAAAAGGUGGACUCAAAGCCAGUGUUGGGGGAUGCCCAGAAGAAGGUGACGACUGUGCAGAGAGGUGUGAAAGCAACUACUCCAGAUGUCCAACGACCAACAUGUGGUCAGGAGCAGGCUGUGGUUGUCAGAAAAACAACUGCAGAAGCUUUAAAGGCACUGCCGGCUGCGCCAUCAUCAAAAUCUGCCCCGGGGAUGUACAGAGGCAAGAUCAUUCAGUCCAAAAUUGGGUCCAUUUGGAAAUCAAGCGACACUGUGGGAACUCUAAAAUCAUCAGUACCCAGAUCAGACGGCCAAAGACAUGAAAACGUGUCUAAAAAGAAUGGAUUCCAAUCUGUUGCUGUGCCGAAGACGUCCAAAUCAGUGUUCGAUAAACCUGCUCAGGUGACCAAAGCUAGUGCUAGUACCAGCCGUCCUGCUGGAUUCUCCUCUCAUCGCCCUCUCACUAGAACCAUCUCAGCACCUGUUAGAUCUGCUGGAUCAAGAAACACUACCGUGGUUCCUAAUCCAAACACAAAGCCAAAGAUCCCAGUAACAGACAAGGUGAAUAAACCUGCAGCUUUCAGCAGCCUCAGCCAGUACAGACUCACCAUGGAGACUGCAGAGGAGAGAAGAGCAAAGCUGGCUGAGUGGAAGGCCUCCAAGGGCAAGACUCUAAAAAGACCAGCCAUGACGGCUGCAGCCCCUUCAAACAAAGUUCCUGCAAAAGGCAAGGUUGAAGUCCAGUCUCUCGUUGAGCCUCUCAUUGCUGCUGAGCCCAGUCUGCAGGCGGACACUCUGCAGGCUGCUGCUGCUGCUGCAGGAACCCAGGGAGAAGACCUGACCCACGGCCAAACUCCUGAGCUCAUGAACACCACCCUGGACCUGCUUGAAAACUCUGCUCUAGAUCUGUCAGCUGACCCUCAGGACAGAGUGGAUGAUAUUGUUAUGAACCUUUGUGAUGCACUGGAGUCCCUGGUGACGCCCUCCAGAUGCAGUGAUGAACUCCAGCAGGUGAACGAGGAUUGUGACGAUGCAGAAAACAAACCCGAGUGUUCGCAGAUGGUCGAAAAUGAAAGGAUGAAGGCAGAGGAAGUGAAGAAAGAAAUUGACCAGGAGGAGGAAAGUGUGGAUGUGAGGAAGGCAACACCAGACAUGAAAGAUGCUUCAGUGAUUAAAUACAGCGUGAAGACCACUCCAUACUUACAAAGCGUCAAGAAAACAAUCAACGAGGAGGUCAGCACGUCGAAAACAAGGAGAAGCAUCAAAGAUGUGAAGUUUCUGACCCCGGUGCGUCGUUCCUGUCGCAUCCAGCGUAAAUCCUCCUGCCUGCCCUCGAUGCUGGUGGAUCACGAUCCCUGCGUGUCCUCGCUGGCUGAGCUGGUGCAGCUCAAUGAGGAUGAUGCUAAUGCUUAUAUUUACAGGAAAAACCCUGCCCUCCUGCAGGAGCUGCCUGACCAGGGCAGACCCUGAGGCGUUCAGCUGCUUAAUAGGCCACAAAAACAUGAACGGAYAGAUUUGAAAUGUUUUUACUAACUUCAGUGUAUCUACUGUACAUAAGUUUAACUUUGUUUCCUGCUCUGAAUGUGUGGGAUAUUUUUAAAUGAACACCUUCCUAAAAAUUUUUUU